AUGCCUCCUCCAUCACGUCCAGCUUCUCGUCUACCACCAAUGGGUUCUUUUCAAGUCCCUUCUCAGCCGAAUUCGCUAGAGCGUCCCCUCAACGUCACAGACGCAUUGAGCUACCUCGAUGCUGUCAAAGUACAGUUUCAUGACCAGCCAGAUGUUUACAACCACUUCCUUGACAUCAUGAAGGAUUUCAAGAGUGGACUCAUCGAUACCCCAGGCGUCAUAAAACGCGUCUCACACCUUUUUAAUGGCCACCCCUUCCUUAUUCAGGGCUUCAACACUUUCCUCCCCGUCGGUUAUCGCAUCGAGUGCUCCUCUGAUCCCCAAAAUUCCUCUUUUAUCACAGUCACCACCCCUACCGGCACCAUGCUCCAGUCCACCCGUGACGAGCCUUGGCAUACUGCUCCAACUGUUGUACAACCUGCGGUCUUGGGUCCUGAACCCGAGCCAUCCAUGUACGGCAUGAGUCUCGACAGCUCCUCUAUAGAACCAGCUGUCCAGUACGUCCAGAAGAUCAAACAACGCUGCGACGAGGGCACGUACCGUCGCUUUCUAGAAAUUCUCGGCAAGUACCACAACACCACUGACGCCGUCGACGAACGCGAAGUGUCAGCUGAAAUUGCCCGUCUUUUCAAGGAUGAUCCCGAUUUGCGCUCCGACUUUAGGAUCUUCAUGCCUGAGAAGAGCCAGGGUCUUUUUGACGAAGCCGAAGAAAGUUAUCUUCCAGCCCCAACAGGACGCCGCACUCGGUCAAAUACGCCACUCGAUGGCAAACCUCUUCGCCGUCGCACUGAUCCCCAACCACCCCUCGAGCCAACUGUCCCUCAAAAACGCAAACGCAAAGUAAACGAGCGGGACACCAUCUCCGCAGCACCCAAAGCUCCUUCCAAGCCACCCCUCCCUCCUUCGCUCCUUCCACCAGACGACACACACUUCUUCGACCGGGUCAAGCGCGCACUGGGAAAUAGAGAAACCUACAAUGAGUUUCUCAAGCUCGUAAAUCUUUUCACCCAGGAGCUUAUUGACACCGCACGACUCGUCCGCGAAGCACGGAAUUUCCUUGGAGAUGCGGAGUUGAUGCGCCAGUUCCGGGAGAUCCUUGGCUGGGAUGAUAGGCGGGAGAGGGAGCGGUGGGUGUUGGAGGAGAGUCAGCAGCAGCAGACUUGGGCGAGGGUACAAGGCCAGGGAGGCCCUAUGAUCGUCCCGAUUCGCCCGGGCAGAGUAAAUGCGGGACUCCAACAAGGAAGCUACCGCCGAAUGCCCGCUAGCGAAGCCAACGUGACCUGCGCAGGCCGCGACGAGAUGUGCCGUGCAGUCCUCAAUGACGAAUGGGUCUCCCACCCAACCUGGUCGUCCGAAGACGCAGGAUUCGUAUCGCAUAAGAAAAACAUCUACGAAGAAGCCCUCCACCGCUCCGAAGAAGAACGCCAUGAGUACGAUUUCCAUGUCGAAGCUGCUACGCGCACAAUCACUAUCCUCGAGCCUCUCGCCGCCAAAAUCGCCCAACUGCCCCCCGACGAGCGAUCUGCGUUUAAACUGAAACCCAACCUCGGAGGCUCGGGCAAAGCAGUACACGCACGCGUCAUCAAGAAGAUAUACGGACGUGAGUCGGGAAUGGAGGUUCUCCAAGCGAUGCAGGACGCACCGGCCCUGGCUAUUCCUGUCGUCCUCAGCCGCCUCAAAGACAAGGAAGAAGAAUGGAAACGCGCACAAAGGGAGUGGAAUAAAGUAUGGCGCGAAGUCGACGCCCGGAACGCUUCUCGGGCUCUGGACCACGCAGGGAUCGCAUGUAAAGCCGCCGAUAAAAAGGCUCUCUCUGCAAAAGCCCUCGUAGCACAGAUUGAAGCUGCGCGCGAUGCGCAAGUGAGCCAGCGUGCUGCCCUUGUAGAUCCGUUAUUUGCGCGUGUGAGGGUGCGGCACCAGUUGGCGUAUGAGGUCGGGGAUACGGGCGUGCUGCAGGAUGCUGUGAAGAUGGCGUUGUCGUUUUUGGAUAGGACUCAAGGGCAGAUUGGGGCUCCUGAGAGGAGACGCGUCGAGGGGUUUUUGCGGACGUUCGUUCCGUUGUUUUUCGUUUUGGAUCAAGAGGUGUUUCAUAGGGCGUUUGUGCUUGGGGAAGCUGGGGAAGUUGAGAUUGGGGAGGAUGUGGAUGAUGGGGAGACGGGGAGUGUUGGGAGUGGGAGUGGCGGGAGGAAGAGGAAGGGUGGGAUGGGUUCUGGUGGAGAUUUGAGGAAGAAGUUGUUGAAGAGCGAGCAGGCAAAGUUGACGGGGAGGAAGACGCGUGCACAGGAAGCGGCGUCGCCGUCUGCUUCGAGACCUGCUUCUCCCGCGAUUCCUGAUACGAUGCAGGUAGAUGCUGUGGAGGAGGGGGAACGUGAGCCUGCUGCGCCGUUGCGCAAGGCAUCGAGGAAGAAUGUAUUCUUUGGGAACACUGUUUUCUAUGUGCUUUUGAGACUUGUUGAGGUCUUAUAUUCCAGACUCCUAUCCUUCAAGAAGCUCAGCGCGCGCAUCGCCAUUGAGGCGCCUAAAUCAAUGUCUAAAGCGAAAUCGCUAGAUGACCGUGCUGCGCACGCAGAUCAUUUUUAUGAUCUGAUGCUCGAGUCGUGCGAGAGGCUAUUUGAUAACGAGAUUGAGCAGCAUGUAUUUGAGGAGCAGAUGAGGUAUAUGUUUGGGGUGAAGGAUGCGUAUCGGAUAUUUACGAUCGAUAAAGUUAUUGGGUCGUUGAUCAAGCAGCAGGUCCAGAUUGUGUUGGCUGAUUCGAGGAGUCAAGAGCUUUUUGAGCUUUUGAAGCGUGAUCGGGCAUUACAAGCGCCGACGAUUCAGGAUCAACUUAAUAGUCGACGGUUUGCGGAGAAUUUGCUUGGGCCUGAUGAGAAUAUUUUCCGGGUAGAUUGGCUCCCAGACACAAAAACGAUGACGAUCCAAUUACUCGGCAAAGACGAUUCGAGGAUCGAUGAUUCGGAGAUGUUGGCGGAGAGGUGGCAGGCAUAUGUUGAUUCGUUCGUUUCGAGUCCUAUCACGGAGGGUAUAUCGCAGUCGCGUGUUAGACGUCCGUUUCUUCGCAAGAACGUACCUGCAUCAGCUACUGCUACUACACCAGCGGUCCUCGCGCGUAGUGCGCUCGAGACGAAAGUAUGUGUCCGGACUUACCGCUUGUUUUUCGUUUCGGGUACCGAGGACUUUUUGUGGCGGAUCCCAUCCAAGGAGGAUGCAGUGUGUGAUGGACGGGAAUCUGCGAGGGUGAGGCGAGAGCAGUGGCUUGAGAAGACGCGGGCGGGGGAGUGGCCUUGUGGUGUGAGUCCUGAUCCUGUGGUGAAGGAGCAGACGCCGGUGCACAUUCCGAAGGAACAGACGCCUGUGUCUGUGCCUAUGUCUGUGCCUGUACCUGUGAGGGCGGUUUGA